AUAUAGUCAACCUGCACCUACAGGCCACGCGUAAGGCUCUCUUCAGCUAAUAUGUUUGGACUUUGGUUCAAGCUAGCCCUCUGCGCUCUUAUCUUCUCGGCCGUCGCAAACGCGCAAGAUGCUGCUUGUUCAGACAGUACGAUGAAAUCUGUAUGCGGGCAAUGUGGUGUAUGCUGCUGUUACAAGGGACCCUUGAGGUACGAGCCCGAUGAAGAGACGUGUACGUGCAAGAUUACAUAUGGGAGCUCCUUUGUAGUCAUGAUAGUCAUGGGAGCUCUUGCGUUUGUGUGCUCCUUAGUAGGCGGCGCCUAUUUUGGUGGGGGCCACCGGAUAUCACCUUACCGUCGCGAAGAGGACUACCGUGUUAGCGAUUAGGCAGCGCAACACCCUCAAGUGCUGCAUAGUGCCAGCCGGUGGCUGUGUUUGAGGAGUAUAUACAAAGGAAAUACGCAGUGAGUCGUGGAAACCUAUAUAUGCAACCAGAUGCAACAUCCUUUCUUGACCCACCACGCCGCCAGGUAUGGAGGCGAUUCGGAGGAGCCAUCCGUUGGCUUCCUAUCUUUCUUUUAUUUGGCUUCUUAGUCCUGUACUGUGUUCGUUGGUUUAGCUAAACAGCCACCGGUGCGGCUUAGCGCGAGAUCCUGUGUGCGUGCUCCUAAGUAAUAUGGCGUUAGGUUCUCAUAUGACAGAACGUCUGAGAGAAAAUCUUAAGCAAGAUUUGAAGUGUGUAAGGGGCUUGGGUCGCACUGUACGAUUAUGGUUCCAGCAGCUCCAAAGUCAUUUCUGCUCUUGUUGUCUUCUUCUGUUAUCAGGCAUAUGCUCAGAGGAUACUUUGUAAUGGUAUCAAGCCUUGACGACUUCUGCAGUGACAUUUGUGAUAAGUUACCUAUCGCUUUGCUACAAUCGUCAGCGCUGACUUUAGCCCUAGCAUAAGCUGCGGUGCGCCUGUGCUGUCGACUAUUGUAAAAUGACAUACGGACGCGGUUUCCAGGCAGCAGCGCGCUGCGCCGGUCUUCUGCGCUCGGCAGGACGUUCAGGCGGCUACAUGGCGUUUGAGAGCGUCACCAGGAGCGCUGUGCGCAUAACAGGGGUUUGCAGUCCAACUGCUUGGACGGCACAAGCUUCUCAGGCGCAGCAGCGGUUCGCCGCCGCACAGCCAACAUACGGCUUUGCUGCACAGGGCAUACAGAACGCCGUUGACUCCGGUGCCUCUUCCACCGAGACGGGCACGGUCACCGGGUGCUCCUCUGGCGCGGUCGCGGCGGCUGGAGAGGACGGCGAGUGCCUACCAAGUGGGGACAGCGAGGGUGUAUUACCACGUAAUAAGAAAGAACUCAUACGAGCGCCGCCGUGGGCUCCUUCUGUAGCAUCGUCCUUUUCCCGCCAGCUGACGUCACCAUCUGGCCAUAAGUUGCAGCAACCACAGCUUCCCUCCUACACGGCUGGCGCCUUGCACUCGGGUUCCAGCUGCACGGGCGUGCUGCGGCCCCAAGCACAUGCGCAGCAGCGGUACCAGCUCGCGUCGCCUGCUGCUCAGCCAGCUGCGGCCAGGCUGUUCGGCACGCAGGCCUCAGCUGCAGUCCGCGGCAAGGGUAGCGGCCGCCGUGCCGCGCGAGAUGACGAUUCCGACGUGGAUGAGGAGCUGCCGGAGGCUGUGCCCACCUUCCGGCACCCAAGUCGGCCGGGACACUCCGUGCCGUCGCCCCACCGUGGCACGCAGCCGGCUGGCAGCGAUGCAGCGGCAGCCAUGAAGGGCUCAGGGGUUGGUCAUAAGGAAGCAGCGGCGGCGGCGAAGCAGGAGGAGGGCCACCUGAGCGCUGCGGAGUACCGAGAGCGGCAUGGGAUCCAGGUGGACGACCCGGCCUGCCCGGACCCCUACCAGACGUUUGAGGACGCGCCGUUCCCGCCGACUGUGAUGCGCGUGCUGGAGGAGGCCCGCUACGGCGCCCCCAGCGCCAUCCAGGCGCAGGCGUGGCCCAUCGCGCUGGCGGGCCGCGACCUGGUUGCCAUCGCGUCCACCGGCUCCGGCAAGACGCUGGGCUACCUGCUGCCGGCGCUGCUGCAGAUCCAGGCCCGCGGUGGCGACCCCGCACUGGGUCCUAGCGCCCUGGUGCUCGCCCCUACCCGCGAGCUGGCCCGCCAGAUCGAGGAUGAGGCCAUGCGCUUCAGCCGGGUCCUCAUGGGGGCGGGCGCGGCCGACCAGGACCAUCAUGACAUGCACGGGCGGCGUGGCAGUGGCAGCAGGCGCGGGGAGGCGGCGGGCACGCCGCUUCGCACGGUUUGCCUGUACGGCGGCGCAGCGCGUGGGAACCAGCUUGCUGCGAUGCGGCGGCGGCCGCAUCUGAUAAUUGCGACUCCGGGGCGCCUGCUGGACUUUGUCGAGAGCGGCGAAAUCAACAUCGGACAGGUAUCUUUCCUGGUGCUUGACGAGGCGGAUCGCAUGCUGGACAUGGGUUUCGAACCGCAGAUCGCCAGCAUCGCGCGCAACCUGCCUCCCGGCCGUCAGACGCUCUUCUUCUCCGCCACCUGGCCCACCAGCGUGCGGGAGGCUGCCGCGCAGUUCGCCUCGCAGCGCCCCGUUCACGUCUUCAUUGGCGAUGUGCAGGCCAAGCCGGUUGCCGCCACUACCAUCAAGCAGCGCGUGCAGAUUGUGGAGGGGCGCGAGAAGCUGCAAGCGCUCGAGGCCUACCUGCGGACGCAGCUGCUGGAGUCGGAGAGUGAGGAGGGCAAGCAGCAGCAGCGGCGCCGCGGCGGCGAUCGUCGCGGUGGCGAGCGGGAUGAGGAGCCGGGCCGACGCGCCAUUGUGUUCUGCAGGACCAAGGCAGGCUGCGACCACCUGGCCUUUGAGAUCAACUCCACCAUGCCCUUCCAGGCCGCCAGCCUGCACGGUGACAAGUCGCAGGCGGCUCGCGAGUACGCGCUGCAGAAGUUCCGGAGCGGCAAGGUGCCGGUGCUGGUGGCCACUGACGUGGCGGCGCGCGGCCUGGACAUCCCGCACGUGACCGCCGUCGUGAACUACGAGAUGCCGGAUGAGAUCGAGAUGUACGUGCACAGGAUUGGCCGAACAGGUCGCGCGGGGGCCUCGGGUGAUUCCCUAGCGCUCAUCACGCCUCGCGACACCUUCAUCGCGCGCCCUCUGGUAAGCGUGCUGGAGGGCGCCGGGCAGGAGGUGCCGGAGGCCCUGCACGAGCUGGCGGCGGAGGCGGCGCGCAGCAAGAAAGUGGGGCAGUCCAGGAACAAGCCGGCGACCGGCAUGUGGAAGCGUUCGUGGGGGAAUGUGGAGGUGCUCAUGCGGGAGCAUGGCAGGAGCUCCAGGGGCCGGGAUGAGUGGGAUGAUGAGGAGAGGGAGCACUCUAGGCCGCGGCACCAUCAUGCGGAUAACUGGAGGCACGGGGGUGGCCGGGAAGGGGGCGGCCGGGAGGGGCGUGGCCGGGAGGGCGCCGGACGCGGCUCUUACAGGCGGUCACAGAGCGGCGGACGGGAGGAUGAGUGGUGAGCGUUAGUAGGCAUGCGGACUUGGUGAAGAAGUAUGGCCGUGCAUUGCGGACGUUGAGGUGUGCAACAGACAUGUCAUCAUGCUAAGUUUGAUUUGGGAUGGGUGCAAGGGCUUGUGACGACUUGCUAAAAUGCAGCUGCAGUACAGCCGUGCGUAGGUAGCGGCACAUUCUUGCAGUACGCUGCAUGUUUAGGGCAGAGCUGAUGGUUGGAUUUCCGGUGCGUGGUGCGGGCGUGGCAAAAAUACCCUCGAUGAAAAAAUCUAUCGACAGGGACAGAUGACAUGUACGGAAUCAUUUCAAUGCGUAGUAUGCUAAUAUCCUGUCAGACAACGUAUAGAAACUUUUUGUAACCCUGUUACCUUUGGUACCAGCGUCUAGGCACCGAUAUACAAGCAAAAAGCGCGUUGUAAGAAGGCCAGUAACGCGACAUCCGAAUUGUCACCUCGCAGCGUGCGAAACUGCGAAUUCUCGACCAUCUACAGAAGCCUGUAAUGAUGGCAAUUUUUUACAAAUAGUGCAAGCGCGUUUGUGAGCUUGGUUGCGGAGUUGGCGAGGACACAAUGAGCCUCCUCGACGACUACCAAGCUCUGAGGCAGUCUCUGGACAAUGACCUUGGAAAAAUUGAGCGCUUGAUUGCUGAGAUGGAACACGGCUAUUUGACAGCGGAGUAUAGCCAAUGCGGAACAGUCCUCAAGGGCUUCGAGGGCUUCCUAAACUCCAAAGAAGUCUUGAGAAAGAAAUCCCGCACGUUUAAGCCCGAGGACCGCCUAUUCAGUCUGUCGUCCAAGUCCUCCCCUGUGACCCGGGAAAUGGAGCAGCCGGUGUUGGAGGCCAUGGACUCCAUGACGCCCUUGAUAUACGGCAAGAAGUACGCCCAAAAAGGGUACGCCCAAAAGGGCAAGCGGUGACCGCUGACAGAGGGCUUUGGACUUCUUUUGAUCGUGGUUCCGACCCUUCAUGCCGGAAUCCUUUGCAUUUUACCCACAAGCUGAACGUCAUCGAGGAAAAUGAUAUGAACAAGCUUAGCGCACGAGGCCGGAAUGGUACAUAAUAGGUCACGUCCUGCACUGGGACUUUGUACGAUAGCACUGUGCAUAAACCCAUCCCCGGGACUACAAUGCUACAUAGAAGGAUUGCAAUUAUGGCACAGCUGUGCUCAAGCCAGCGUGGUGGGGAUACAGGCGCGAGGAUACACUGGCCAUGGGUGGUUUGUGACGUAUUGGGUAACAGGACCCAGGUGCGGGGCCUCGUUGCCCCUGGCUGGAGCAUGUAAUGCGCACAGAUCUGCGA